AUAUAGUAUAUGUAUGUUCAUAAGUCCCAUUGAAAUAUGCUCUCGGCAACCAUUUUUAGUUCGAGUUUGUAUUUCGUUGGACACUGUUGGUAGGUGUUAUAUUGUGACGCGAACUACGCGACUUUCUUAUACCUCAUCUCUCACAAGAAAAUCCGAAAAGAAUAAUAUGGAAAAGAAAAAAAAAUAAAAGGAACCUACAUAUGUGCUCAAAUAAAACAAAAAUUAUGAAAUUACUUUACACAUUUAUAUUUAAUUGUUAUUAGUGCGAACAGACAAACAAAAAUAUUGAUUAAUGCAAAAUCAUUGAAAUACGAGCAAUUAAUAAUCAUACAUACGUAGGUGGUACAAAUUGUACAAAAUAGAGUUACAAAUAAAUAUAUGUGCAUUUAACACAUAAAAAAAGGCUACAAAAAAAAAAAAUAAACUCGGUAAACUUAUAUAUUGCUUAUACAGAACAUUUUUUUCGGUUCGACUGUAAUCUCUACAUUACAAGAUAUUGAUUAUUUGAAAAGGGUUAUAAUCAUAAUCUUGUGGGAAAAGCAGAGGAGGGGACAUCUAGGUUGCAGCUAACAGAUGAGCCCCACAUGUCAAUUGCUGCCGCCGAAAAUGCAGGGCUUGGCCCAUGUGAUUUACCUGAUCCUUGGACACAAAACUCCAAUAAUAACAACAAUAGCGCUAGUAUUGUUGUCAAUAGCAAAUCAUUUUCAUCAGUUGCAACACCUUCGCCAAGUACGGCAGUUUCACAUACUAUUAACAACAACAACAGUUGCUCUAAUAGUGGACUCUUCAAGAACGAUAGUACAACAACAACUGCCAAGUCAUCGACAGCUGCUACCUGCUUUUCAACAGCAUCAUCUGAAAGAUCAAGUACCAAAACUACUGACAAUCUCAUAUAUAGGGUGCCCCUUACAUCGGCGGCUGCUGGGACAGCCUCCGUUACAGAUUCAACAGCGGCCAUUGGCAGCGUGGUAACGGCCCCACGUGCUGGUGGUAUUGUACCUGCACUAACAAAGGGCGCUCAUCUUAGCCGUUACGCUAUCGGUGGUGGUGGAGGAGGUAUCGAAACUGGCUUUUUAUCAUCAGUUGUUGGUGGGGAUAGCAUUGGUAAUUUUUCAACACAAGCAACUACCACAAACUUUCAAAUAAAAAACGUCAACAAUAAUAUAAAUAAUAACAGUGUCGCCGGUACUGGAAGCCAAACGUUUACCUUACAGCAGCAGCAGCUACAAUUGCAGCAACACAGCUUAGCGUUGCAUAACAAGAAUAACCUCAAUAUUAGCAUAAACAAUAACAACAGCACAUUAGUAAAUAAUAUCAAGAACAACAACAGCAUCAACAACAAUAAUAAUAAUAUUAAUUUAAUAUUGCGACAAAAGUCUGCCGCAACUGUCAGUUUAGCAACGCCAAUACAAAACUCUUUCACUAUGAAUGCGGUAGCGUCACCGAUCUCAAACAAUCCAUCGACACCGACUCGUAAAAUUAGACGAAAAACUGAUCCGAAAGCAAAUUUGCCACAAUCGCAGAUUAAUAAAUGUAACAAUGAGAAACGGCGUCGGGAAUUGGAAAAUAAUUAUAUCGAGCAAUUGUCCGAAUUUCUACAACUCAACAAACGUGGGGAUAUGAGCCCUACGAAACCAGACAAGGCGGCUAUAUUAAAUCAAGUUGUGAAAACGUAUCGGGAGUUUUGCGACAAAGGUCAGAACCGUGAUAUUUCCUCUUCAACAUCCGCAAGUGUUUCUUCAGCCAUUAAUGCGGCACCUUCUAAUAAUAACAAUAACAAUAGUAGUACACACUCUGCUACAACUCCUAAAAUUAACAUCAAAAAUAGUGCGACCUCAACUCGUUGCACACGUUGUGCAACCGACAAUUGCUCCAUACAUCCUGUACAACAGGGUGACGUUUCAUCAACCGAACCACCACUGCCGGAAUCGUCGCUGCUUAACGGUCAGGUUCCAGAAAUAUCUGCCUACUUUGAGGCGUUGGAACAUUAUCUUUCCUCCGUUGAUUGGGUACUCCUGCAGGUAACAGCGGAUGGCAUAAUUGAAUCGUGUACUCAGAAUAUACGUGAACUUAUCGGUUAUGAGAAGCAAGAAUUAUGUCGCAAACCACUUUAUGAGUAUCUGCAUUCUAGCGAUCAUGCGAAAUUGGAUCCAAUUAUAAAUAAUGUCACGUAUGGAUGUACGGGGAAAACACUUGGCGGUGACAUUGGUUGUGCUAGUGGUAGUCAAAGUGGUUGGGCAGAUUUAGAAGAUGGAAAUAGUGGCAACAGCUCUCAAAACUCAGCAAUUUCAUUAGGUCCAGGUGGCCUUAAAACAAAGCGCAACAUAGCAGCUAAAGUGCGAAUGCUGGUCAAAGAUUUGCGUUCGUCAACGCAGACAUCAACGCAGAGUGGUUCUAUGACGCCCCACAUUGAUGGUUUGGAUCAAAAAACUAUUGGACAACACGCACAACCUGAAAAAUAUGAAGAAGUUAUGUUAUUAGCCACACCGAUGAAAGACGACGGUGAUUCAACGUCUUCUAUAUUAUGUUUAAUUACUCGACCAGAAGACGAGCCAACGAUGCAACAAGUGCAACCUCAGGCCAUUGAACAUUUAACGUUUAAACUCGACGUACAUGGCAAGAUACUCAAUUUGGAUGCUACUGCACUUAGGGAACCAUAUCGUCAACAUUUGAGUAACUGGCUGGGUCGACUUUUACAAGAUCUUUGUCACCCACAAGAUUUAAAUGCUUUGAAGUCACACUUGCGCGAGGUGCAGGAGUCAGCUGCAUCGGUGCACUUGAUGAAUUCACCAUCCACACAGUCACCAGGUGGAACUCCUGCUACACUCAUAAAUCCCCCCAUUGCGAAUGUGAUGUCGCGUCCGUUCAGAUUACGUCUGGGCACACCUGAUGUUUAUGUUCAUGUGAAGGCGAAUUCCCGACUUUUUCUUAAUCAAUCGCAAACUGAGGGUGAUUACAUCAUGUCCCUACAGACUGUUCUUAAUUCAGAUAACAAUACGAGUAAUGCUAACACCAUGGGCGGAUUGAACAUCGGAAGCAGUGAUAUAAUUGCAUCUGGUGGUAUGUCCACCAUGUCUCCUACUCCCUCACUUGUAUCUCCACUUUCGCUACCAUUAGACGCACUUGUGAAUAAUAAUUCGUCGUGCUCAUCAUCGUCAGUUACCGCUUUAGGAGGAGUCGGUAGCGGUUCACAUUUACUGGGUGGAUUGGUUGGUGGCGGCGGUAUGCCACCGCAUACCACACAAACAACCAACGUUGGUGGGCCACUAAUGACAUCGGCAGUUAUAAAUGGUACAGGAAGUAGUAAUCAACGUACUAAUUCAGCGCCAGCGUCAUCUGCAACAACUUCGAAUAAUUCCACUCUUGUUAAUUCGUUUACUGCGUCGCCUGCUGGCACUGAAGCAGGUAUAUUUUAUAGCGCCGAUCCUUUUGAUUUUGACUUGGCACAUUCCAGUUUUGAAAUGGACGCCACAGGCUGGACAGAUUCGCGUCCCAAUUCUCGCGCCUCUGUCACCACUCCAGUCAGCACACCGCGACCACCUUCAACGGGUCAUGGUUUCAGUCCAGCUGUAUGUGCUUCACCAUCAACACCGUAUCAACUAUCAUCACAUUCAGCUGCGAGCUUGCCUUCUCCACAAUCUAAUGCGAGUCAGCCAUCGUCAGCCGGUCCAGGGAGUAGUGGCACACCUUUUGGUUUUGGAUUUCCAGUGUUUGAUACAAGUGAUAAAAAUAUCGACAAAGAACAUAUGACCACUAGUGUUAACAGCAAUAGUAGUUUGAGUGCUAACAACCCAAUACCUCAGGGUGGUUCCAGUAAUACGAUGAGUGGUACUGGAAACUUAUCAAAUGGUGGACCGCCAUUAUUGACAACAGUUGGUGGUGGAAUGUGUCAACCACAUGCGCAAAACACUGCACCCCAACCUGAAUCAGAGCGUUUGCGACAUUUGUUGACGAAUAAAUCGCAUUCAAUGCCCUCGGCUGUGCACCCGGUGGAUGGUGAUAAAGAUCAUAUGAACAUACGCCAUAAGUUUUACAAUCAGGGUCUACUCAAUUCCGAUGAAGAUAAGGAUGGUGGAGGCUCCGGCGGUAGCAACAGGGGUUCCACCGGCAUGUUUAAAAUGGGCACUGCUGGUCUAACGGCCCCGCGCCUGUUUGGCGGUGGGGCAUUGCCAAAAUCAGCAAACUCCAGCAAUCCCAUGUUACUGUCGCUACUUAACGAGAAAUCGGAGGAUGAUGAUGGAAAAGGCACUUUGCUUGGCCGUCAAAGUGAAUUAAUGCGACAACUACAAAAAGAGGAUGGUCACUACGGCCAUUCACACGGACAUGGUCAUGGCACACAUCAUUCCAAAGACAUGUCGCAAGAAGAUUUACUUAAGAGUUUAAAAUACCAAGGAGACCCAACAACACGCAAGCGUUCGCUCAAUGAACCUGAUGAUGGCAUAUCAGCAAAGCGCGACACCGAUCGGCCAUCUAAAUUGCGUGAAAGUAAUAAAAUGCUUGCUUCGCUUCUGGAAAAUCCACCAAAGAAUCCCAUAGCUACUGUGCCUCCUCAAGUGAAGACGAUUCCCGAUAUAGCGCCCUCAACAAGUCGAGUUAACUCAGCUCUCGGUGGCAUGUGUGUUUCGGCACCUAACAACCUUGGAAAUAUUACUGCGAAAAGCUCUUCGAUUACAACGACCACUGCAGCGAGUGCUAAUAGUGCUGUUGUUGGCGGAGGCCGCAGCAGUAGCAUGCGUAAACAAUUUUCCGAUGCCUACCUCACACUACAGCAACAACAACAACAACAACAACAUCUCCAACAACAACAACAACAACACUGUGUAGGCAGUAUGCAACGUCUUUCUCAGCAGCAGCCGGUACAACAUUCACAGUCGCAAAUAAAUUUUUCAUCACCUGACGUUUUUGGAACAUCUACACACAAUACCACAGCUACCUCAGGUACAACCGUAGUAACCGCGUCAAUUGUUACAUCCAAUACGAACUCUCAAUUGAUGGGGUUUAGCGGUGCCGAUGGCGAUUCAGAAUUAUCGAAGAUUUUAGAUAUCGUUAUGGAUUACGUUUCCGAUGAUGGACCAUUUGUAUCAACGCCAACUCCCACUGCCACGUCUGGUCUAACCCAGCAAGAAAUCAAUGAACGCAUGGCUAUCAAUGCCAUACAGAAUUCUUUGAUGGUUGAAACGUCGCAACUCCAACAGCAGCAGCAACAUCAGCAACAGACCCAACCACCGGCCUAUCCCGGCAAUAUGAUGAGCAGUAGUGGCGGAGGCAGCUUAACUGGAUUGACACAGCAACAACAACAGCAGCAGUUACAGUUACAAUUGCAAAUGCUGCAAAGGCAGCAAGCAUCUAUGGGAGGUAAUCAACAACCGUCACAGGUGCAGCAAAUGCUAGAAGUACUACGAGUGAACGCCAAUCAGGGUUUUCAACGUCCACCCCCAAUGUACCCAGCGGCGCGUAAUCGAGGUCCAAUGAAUGCUGUUACAACGCCUGGGGGCAAUGUCUUACCGGCUCAUCAACAGUAUCGUAUUCGUCAACAGCAGCAACAACAACAACAGCAGAAGGAAAGACUAUUGCAGCAACAACAAAAGCAACAGCUUUUAGUGCCAGAGAGUGCAACUGCGCGCACGGAUCAAAUGUGUCUAAAUCCAAAUAUAAACAACAUCGGUUCGCUCUUGAAUAACACUGUCGCGCCAAAUGUUGCCCUUUCUCGUACGAAUUUACCUUCCGAUUCACAACUGAGUCCGAGUUUUACACAGAGUUUACUACAACAACAGCAGCAGUUAAGUCCAAAUCAGCGUAAUGCGUCAUUCAGUCCGCAAUCGAAUCCAGGUUAUGCAGCGCAAUUCUCCCAAAGCGGGCAACGCCUCUCACCUCAGCAGCAGCAGCAUCUUUCACAACAACAGCAACAAGUAAGUGCGCAGCAGCAACAACAACAAAUGGCAUUUCAGGCUGUCCAAACGGCAAAUAAUAACGCUGCAUCACAGCUUUCACCGCGUCAACCAAAUUUCGGUGGCGGUCCUGGUAGUGUGCAAUCUCCCGGAGGAAUGUCGACCACAUCGCCACAGCAAUGGGGAAGUGGUGGAAAUACCAAUGCCCAAAACUCGCAACUGAGCGGUAAUAUGGCGACACAACGUGGCCACUCUUUACAGCAACACAAUCCUAUGUUAAGCGCUCAGUUACAACAGGGUGUGAGUCCAUAUUCCGCGCGCUCGUAUCAAAAUCAGAGACGAGGCCUCAACUCCCCUGGUGGAGGUGGUGUUCCUGGAAACGCUGUAGGGAGUGCUAUUGGUUCAAGUGUCAGUUUACAGCGACAAAACUCAUUUCAGGGAGGUGAACCGAUGGGUUUUGGCGGUGCAUCGAGUUCUCCAUCUCCUCAAUCGCCCUAUGGUGGACCUCCCUCAAACGUAUUUCAACAGCAACAAAUGCAACGUAUGCAACGCCAAAGUAGUGUGCCCCAAGCUACACAACAUUUACCAGCAGGCAACGCAUCGAAUUCGUCUGAUUUUGUCAAACAAGAGUUACGAGCUGUAGUUAGCGUACGUGCUCAACAAGCAGCGGCAGCUGGAGGGGCCGGUAUGUCUACUGGUGGCAACGGAGUUUCAGGCGGGGGUGGUGGUAAUGUUGGUUCUGGCGGUCUGCGUGUGAGUUCCACGCCGCAGAGUCCACUGAAUAGUGCACAACAGGGAUCUAUGAGCGGUGUUGGAGCUGGAGGGAUGAGUAGUGCGAAUCCGCUUGGCAUGCAGCAACAGCAGGCUGGUGCCUUAGGCCCUGGAGGAGGAAAUACUACUGGUCCAAAUUCGCUGCUCAAUACUCCACCUGAUCCUUCAAUGAAUUUUAAUUUCGAUACACAAGAUUUUUUUGGUAAUAAUCCUACAAGGUGACCAUAAAAUGCCUGAAAGAUUCGAAGUCCCCUUAAUGACCGUAGACAACACAAUAAUGAAAGGAUGAUACGAAUAUAGACAAAGCGUAACAUAUGAAAAAAAUAUGUAUAUAAUUGAAAACAUGAUACUUUUACGCUAAACUUUCGUAAAUUAAAAAAGUCUUUAUUUUGUUUCGAAA